AUCAGGUUAUUAUCGCUGACUUAUAUGUCAUGAAAUUUGUUGUUUUGCAACAGCUGUACAGUGCAAAAAAAUUACUAUAACUUCAAAGAUAAAUAGUGCAUAAAAAAAGGAAUAACGAGGUAGUGUUCAUGGACCAUUCAGAAAUCUGAUGGCGGAGGGGAAGAAGCUUUUCCUGAAUCACUGAGUGUGGGUCUUCAGGCUCCUGUGCCUCCUCCCUGAUGGUAGUAACGAGAAGAGGGCAUGUCCCGGGUGGUGAGGGUCAUCAGUGAUGGAUGCCACCGCUCUUGAAGAUGUCCUCGAUGGCGGGGAGGGUUGUGCCCAUGAUGGAGCUGGCUGAGUCUGCAAUCCUGUGCAUUGGAGCCUCUAUACCAGGUGGUGAUGCAGCCAGUCAGAAUGCUCUCCACUGCACAUCUGUAGAAAUUUGCAAGAGUCUUUGACGUACCAAAUCUCCUCAAACUGGAAACGAAGUUGUGACACUUCCUCUGCAGCUUUGCUCAGUUGGAGGGUGGCACUCUCUGCUCUGAUCCCAAGGCGUAGUGAGGUUCAUGCCCCUUUCACAGGCAGUGAUCCUGGCAGUCACCCCCACUGCCGCACGGAGGGAGCCACACACUGUCAGGGCUGCUGCCUUUUUGAGCCCAGGAGAGUGGUUGAACAAAGACUGAUUUGCAUUUAUAAAUCAUCCCACCGAUCUCUGCAAGUCCCAAAUCAGUUUGGAAGUUUUGGAGUGGUACAUUUGCAAUGCAGGAGAAUAGGUGGAUCCCACACGAAGCAGUGAGACUCCAGGCGUGAGCGAAGGGCAAGAGCAGGGAACUAGACCCUCCCCCCACCCUGGGGUGAAACCAUCGACUGCACCCCCCGAGGAGAGACACCGGAUCAACUCCCCCCCCCCCCCCCCCCCCCUCCAGACAGCGGACUCCAAGAAGGGAAUGUCGACCAAGGCUCCCGUCUCCCUGAAGCGGGGCAGCCAGAAGGGGAAGAGGAAGCCACCGGACGUCCUGAACUCAGAGAUGAUCAGCCCGCCGCUGGGAGACUUCAGGCACACCAUCCACAUCGGGAGCCGGGGGGCGGACGACGUGUUCGGGGACCUUUCCUUCCUCGAGGGGAAACUUCACCUGCUCCCUGGGCGGUUGGGUCAGAUCUCCCCCCGGGGUCUGUCCUCCAAGACAGCCAGCUUCCGUGAGGGCGGACAGCCGCAGUCCCUCUCGCCCCUGCUGAAGAACGCCAUCUCCUUGCCUGCCAUCGGGGGUCCCCGGGCCCCCCCCAAACCGCCCAGGCUCCACCUGGACAGCAAGGAGGGGGAGAGCAGGGACAGAGGGUCCUCCCCAGACCCCAGCCCGGCGGACGGCCCUUCGGGAGAGAACUUCUCCACCAAGAAGGUCCCGGGCAGGACGGAGACCUUGCUCCCCCAUGCCGUCUCCCUCCUCUCCCUCCAGCUAGACCUCGGACCAUCCAUCCUGGACGACAUCCUCGAGGUCAUGGAUCAGAAACAGGAUUUACCGCCCGGCGUGAGUCCCUUGGUCUGCCCGGAUCCAGGUGCGAGAUCCUCACCUCGGAGUAGGGGACCUCUGGGGUCGGGAUGGGGCGGGGCGGAACAGAAAGAGACUUGGCCCCAACCCAAUGACCCUCAGCCAUAACCACAAGGAGUCCCAAGAAGUCCGGCCAAGCACACCAACCCUACCACGCUGAGGGCCAGCAGGACACCAAACCCCCUCCCCGCCUGGGUAAACACCGGUCUCAUCACGGCGGGCUGUUCAACCAGGACGACCCCACCUCUUGUGGCUGGACCCAACAGUUCAGCUGCCUUCCCUUCCUCUUGGGAGCUUCCUCUUGGACUGAGAGCACAUUGGGACAGAGACACCUGAUCGAGACUUGCCCUGUAAGGCGGCCGUGUGACACCUCAUUGAGUCAACUAAAGCCAUCGACCUUCAAUAAAUAUUGAGCCUCAUCAGAAGACUUUAACCCCCGAGAAGAACAGUGAGACCUUGAUUUAUCUUCCACUUCAGACAUCCUGUUUCCCAAUGACUCAAACAACCGCGUAAUAUAACUUUUAUUUAAUUCGACGUCUUCAACGUAAGAAGGAGCUUGAAGAUGCUUCCCACAGUAAUUACCAAAUUAAAUUUGCAGUGUUGAAGCCUUG